AUGCUAGGCAGAGCAUUUUGUAGGCAAUUUGUCAGAAGGCCGAAUCAAUUGAGUCGUAAUCUUAAUGCUGUGAGGUUUCAAAGCUCGAAGAGGUUAAUCUCUAAUGGCAAUCGAUUUAGUUCCUUUGCGUCAAUUACCGGUUCUUUCACGCUAGGUAGUAUUAUUGGAUUCUUUUUAAUCCAAGAGUGGGAUUCUCACUAUUCCAAGACACAGAGAUUCCCUUUAGGAUCGACUACACCUUUAGAUCAACUGAAUCCACCACAAUACGGUUCUUCACAAGACUUGGAAAAAUGUGUACAAGAGAUAGGGAAAGCUAUCGGUGAAACUAAAGUUGUUUCCACAGCUGCAGCCAUAAGUCACCAUACUGAAAAUGGAUUUAAUAUUGGUAAACCAUUACCUGACCAAAGACCGAGAUCUGUUAUCUAUGUGGAAUCCACUGAAGACGUUUCUCGAGUGAUGAAAUUAGCUACAGAGUAUAGAAUUCCUGUGGUUCCCUUUUCUGGUGGUACCUGUUUGGAAGGUAGUACUUAUUCCACUAGAGAAUGUAUUAUCAUCAACACUUCCAAGAUGAAUCAAAUUCUUCAAGUGUUCCCUGACGAUUUGGACGCCCUUGUACAAGCAGGAGUUGGCUGGCAACAGUUAAACGAAUAUUUGACCCAACAGCCAGGGCUAGAAAAUUUAAUGCUCGGGUGUGAUUGCGGUCCAGGAGCUCACAUAUGUGGUAUGGUUAAUACCAACGCUUCUGGUAUUGGUGCAACUAGGUACGGAUCCAUGGGGGCCAACAUAAUAUCUGUAAAGGCUGUUCUGCCGGAUGGCACCAUUAUAAAGACAAAGAGAAGACCUAGAAAGAGUAGUGCAGGUUACAAUUUAACAGGUUUAUUAGUUGGCAGUGAAGGUACAUUAGCAAUUGUCACUGAAGUUACAGUUAAACUACAAGUGAGACAACCUUUUGAGACUGUAGCAGUUGUACAGUUCCCUACGUUGUCUGAUAGUGUUCAAGCUGUUUCUGAUCUUUUCAAAAAAGGGUUUCAAUUUAAUGCAAUAGAAAUGCUAGAUGCUAAGACAAUGGAAUGUGUUAAUAAAAGCAAUCAAAUUUCUCGUACUUAUGAGAAUGUACCAACGUUAUUCUUCAAAAUUGCCGGAUUAAACAAAACUGUAGUAAAUGAAUACAUUAAAGAACUAAAACAUAUCGUUAAAUUGAACCAUUGUACCAAAGUUGAAACUGCUCGUAGUAAUGAAGAAGCUACUGAAUUAUUUGCCGCCAGAAAAAACGUACUUUACAUGAUGCUUGAUUAUGGAUUUAACGAAGUUCACGAAGAAGCUAAAAUGUGGAUCACAGAUUUCGCAGUUCCCAUUUCUACAAUGGCAUCCACAUUGGAAAAAGUUGGUCAAUUGCUAGACACUAAACCGUUACAUUAUAUGGUCUUGGGUCAUGUUGGCGAUGGUAAUUUUCAUUGCGAUAUCUUUUAUAGACCUGAUCAAUACCAAUUAGUCAAAGAUGUUGUACACCAGAUGAAUAAAAUUACAUUGGACCACGAAGGUACAUGUUCUGGUGAACACGGUGUUGGAUUGAGUAAGAGAGAUUUCUUACAAGAGGAACUAGGUAAGGAUACGAUUGAUUUCAUGCGUAGACUUAAAGUAUCGAUAGAUCCAUUAAGAAUAUUGAACCCUGAUAAAAUGAUUAAGAUUGAUCCAAAGGAUCCAGUUGAUGAAUAUUUAAAGGGAAUAUAG